AUGCUAAGUCCCUCGAUACUAGCAUUAUACACAGAUGACACAAGCAGUAUUUUCGAUUUGCCAAAUCCAAUUAAGAAUCCAUCAAAUUUGCCAUUGAUAUUUGGGAAGACUGUUGACCUACAAUUACAACAAAUAAUUGAAUAUGUAUUGCGGGAUUUCAUGCUGCCUUGGUUGGGUUAUGUGGUGACUAAGCCUAAGCUUAUCAAUGACAUCGUACGUGAGGACUUCUGGAAUGCUGUUCAAAAAAUACAUGAUCGUGCCAUAAAAAUGGAUGCACCAAAAAUUAUAGCUGUAGAUAUGGUUAAUCGGGUUACAGUACAUUUAGAAAAGAUACGCAUUGCUGAAGCAAGGGCUGUUGAAACUUCUAGUGCGCCAGUGUUUUCAACAAAUUCAUAUUUGGUCAGUGAAGAAAAAGAAAUGGAAUUUUUGCAUAAAUUAUGUGAAAUAAUGGUGAUAUUAUUAUUGCCAAGAGGUUAUUCUCUUCCACCAUUAAAAGUGUUACUAUGUGAAAUUUUAUCAUAUAAAAUAUUCUUUCCCAUGAUUAAAAUGUUGACAUCACCGGAUUAUAUCAAUCAAAAAGUUGUACAAAACAUUGAGUCACGUCUAGCAGCAGCUGCUAUCAAUAAACGUAGCUAUGAAUACGCAGCAAGUUUUGAAGAUUUUUUGAAGAUAAUAAAUAAUUCCGGUAAUUUGGAGGAAUUAUCACUUAUACGAAAGAGCAUUGUUAAUGAUUUAAUGCAUGCCACCACAAUGCAAAACUUACAACGUGCCAAAGAUACAGACGAUCAUAACCUCUCCAAAUCAGAAAUAUCUGCUGCUGUACGUUUAAAACGUUAUGUGCAGCAACUGAACUUUGCAAAAAUUCAAUGUGAAAAGAAUUUGUCUAAAUUUGGUUGGAAUGGUAAUUAUUCCAGUGAUUUGGAUCUCACAUUGAUUGAAAUACUUAGCACAUCUGUUGGUCGUAGAUACCUAACAAUUUUCUUAGAACCACUAAAAGCCAGUGCAUUAGUUGGAUUUUAUUUAGCAGUGGAAGAAAUGAAACAUACCAAUAAAACAUCUUGGCAUCAGUUGGGCACUGAAAUAUUUUAUACUUACAUUCGAGUGCCAAAGCCUGAAAUACAAAUUGAUAAACAUGAAAGAAAAUUGAUAGAAACAUUUUUACUUGGCGAUACUGGUCCUGAUAUAUUUUUUGAUAUACAAAAGAAUAUAGUGAAAACUUUAGAAGAAAAAUAUUAUCCACCAUUUGUGUUGAGCGAACAGUAUCGUUUAUUUAAAGAAACAAUUAACUCGGACGAUUUUAAAGAUCCCACCUUACUAUUACGCACACUGAAUGAUAAUCAGGAUGAACAAACUACCUCAUUAGAUCCAGAUGGCUGUGGUACUGCAACAAUGGAUGUAGCAGCGCAUACGUCUUAUUCAAGAAAAAAGUUAGAACAAAUACAGGAACGCAUCGAUAAAAAAAUUCAAGCACUCGAUGCUUUGAAAUACUCAGUGAAACCAGAAUCGAAGGUAUUGCAAAUGCUGGAAAAGGAGAUGGAUUGGUUGAAAAAUGAAAAAAGACAAACGGAAGCGCAUUUAAAACGUACAGAUGCAUGGACUGAACAUUUGGGCAAAUGGAAGGCGACUAUACAAAGUGUAGAGGUUUCAGAUGAAAAAGAAUCACUGCAAUUUAUGAUUUUAGUGCAUGUUGAUGAAGAUAUAAAUGCACCGCCAUCUUCAGGUACUGGAAAAUCGGAGGCACGACUUGGUAACAUUUCAAGUGGCUGGGUUGUUAUGAGAUCCUUAAAUCAAGUACACGAUCUACAACGAAAAUUAAGGCACGUUUCGGCUAAUUUAAAAUCACUUGAUUUGCCUACAAAUUUUAAAUUUUUCUUUCUGAAAAAUGACAAACAAGCCCUAGAAAAAGCGAGAGGACAAAUACAAAAGUUUCUCAAUUUUAUUCUAGAAGAUGAUCAUCUAAAUGGCAGCGAAGCAAUUUAUACAUUUUUGAGUCCCAGUUCAGAUCAUUUAAAACAAACGAUGCCAUCUCCGAAAAAAUCCAAAUUUUCAUUGUCAACCUUAUUUAAAAGUGAUGCUGCCAAAGCAAAUGAAUUAAAUAAAGCAGCAGAUCCAUUUUGGGGUUUACAUCGUGAUGAGGAAGACAUAUCAACAUAUUUGGAAGGUGACACAGCAGGUGAUGCAAAACUUCUAACUGAUUUAGAUGUUAAAGAUUCUAUAGCUGAACCACUAUAUGCACUGUUGGGAGAAAUAUUCGAUAUGGGUGGAGUUUUUAAAUGGCUACGAAAGAGUAUGAUUUCGUUUGUACAAAUAACUUAUGGUAGAACAAUUAAUAGGCAAAUACGUGAAUCUGUGAUGGGUCUCUUUGAGGAAUCAAUGCUACAUCAUUAUUUUUCCGCCAUUCUAAAAUCAUUUUGGCCAGGAGGUGUUUUAGCUUCCGCAUAUCCAGUACGUUCUGAUGAUAUGAAAGAGAUGACAACAAAUGCUGCAAAAGCAUUACUAAUGGAUAAUAUACCGGAGGUGCUAUGCAAUUUGGUUGGUGCACAAGCUGCCAAACAUGGUGUGCUAAAAGUCUUUGAUGCUUUACAAAAUCCAAUUUAUAAUAAGCAAUUAUUUUACGAACUACUUGAGAUAUUAAUGAUCGAAUUUUUCCCUGAAAUACGUCAACUUAAAGUGACAGCCAAUGGCAAGACCAUCAAAGUCAAAGCAACUACUACAAAUGCAUUUAACGCAAAUGCUUUAACAUCAACAACAAGUCACAACAGCAAUAAUCAUAAUCACAAUCAUAGU